GAAUUUGAACAAAAAAAUAAUCUUCCGGCAAGAAUUGUAAUGGUGACUUGGUGGCUAACUACGGUUAUUCUUAUUGCUGCAUAUACGGCAAAAUUAGCAGCUUUUAUGACAGUCCAAAAUAUGAAACAAGUCACUACGAAAUUCAUAAAAUAGCUUACAAGAUGAUGAAAAAGCAGAAUACGUUUAUAAAUGAUAGUUUCGUGGGCAUAGAAAGAGUUAGAGCAUCGUAUUAUUUGCAAGAAGGUCACAAGGAUCGUUUCGCUUUUAUAUAUGAUUCUCCAAUUUUAGAUUACAGUGCUAUGCAGAGGCCAUGCAAUGUCGAACGAGUUGGAAGACUUUUCGGAUUACAAAAUUAUGGACUUGGUUUAUCUAAAGGUUCUCCGUUUGAGAAACAAUUCACAUCAUCUAUCUUAAAGCUAAGAGAAGAAGGAUAUAUGGAUUUUUUGAAUAAACGAUGGUUUAUCAAUAAUUGUGCCGACAAUAGAAUAGGAAGCGAAGAACAUCAAAUGGAUAUAAAAAAUUUAGCUGGAGUUUUUUUGUGUUACGUGGGAGGACUAAUUGUGGCACUUUUGCUUGUAGCUGUCUUAUGGAUAUGGGAAACGAACAAGAGGAAGAAAAUAGUUGUUUCAACUAAUCCAGAUCGUAGUAGCAUAUCGUAAGAAGACUGUUCUGGAUGAUUCUCCUUCACUUUGCUUUUCCUGAAGAUCAACAUUAAGUGAAAAUAUAAUAUAUUUUCUCAAUAAAUUCAGAAGUGAAGAUAUAAAAAUUGUAAUUUUUCAAAUAAGUAUAUUUUGAUUCUUAAAAAAAAAUUUGGGAUGUAUAUUUACUUUCCCCGACCUGUUAUAUAUAACAGAGGGAAAGUAUGAAGAUCGAUCAAAAAUGACUUUACAUUUUUGGACUGGGACCUUGAAACAUAGGAAAUGCGAGAAAAAGUCGGGGGUUUUGUCUGUAUGUAUGGAUGUUAGUGUUUGGAGAGCACUAUUUUGCACACCAUCUAAGCUUAACAACUUCUGUGCUUAUUAUCGAAAAUUUCUAAAAUUUUACAGGGAGGUUUAUGUAUUAUGGGGAUUGAUACUCUUAACUGAUGGUGGUUAAAGAUUGGAGGGUGGGGAGAUAAAGGGAAUCGUGUGUCGUAUUUCGAAUAGGGCCAGGCUUAAAUACGAUUUUACUCGUUAUUAACUUUUACAAUUUUUUAGAAAAUCCAU